CCUGCGCGGUGCGCUGGGCGCCCCCGUGCCGUGCGCGGAGCCGCGAGCGGCCGGGCGCCAUUUCGGGAGCAGCCGCGGAGCCAUAGACGGGGCCAGACCGGCACCGGGACCGACUCACGGCCGCGUCGCCCCUUGCCGCCCACUCCCUGGGGCUGCCUGAGCGCCGCCGUCCAUUUAAGAUUCAGACGCCUGGAGAAGGUGCUCAAGCCCUCGGGCCCGUUCCCACCGCCAGGGCAGUAACGCCGGAGCCGCCGCUGCCGGACCUCGGGGCCCUAGCGAGGAUCGCACUGCCCGCGGCGCAGGUGUCCUGAAAAAUGGCUGAUGAUAUUGAUAUUGAAGCAAUGCUUGAAGCUCCUUACAAAAAGGAUGAGAACAAAUUGAGCAGUGCCAACGGCCAUGAAGAACGCAGCAAGAAGUAAAAAAAAGAGCAAAAGCCGAAGUCGAAGCCAUGACAGAAAGAGGAGCAGAAGUAAGGAGCGCAAACGGAGCCGAGAUCGGGAACGGAAAAAGAGCAGAAGCCGGGAAAGGAAACGGAGCAGAAGCAAAGAACGCAGACGCAGCCGGUCUAGGAGUAGAGAUCGCAGAUUCAGAGGCCGGUAUAGAAGUCCCUAUUCUGGUCCAAAAUUCAACAGCGCCAUCAGAGGGAAGAUUGGUCUGCCUCACAGCAUCAAAUUAAGCAGACGUCGCUCCAGAAGCAAAAGUCCUUUCAGAAAAGACAAAAGCCCUGUUAGAGAACCUAUUGAUAAUCUUACCCCUGAGGAGAGGGAUGCUCGAACAGUGUUCUGCAUGCAGUUGGCUGCAAGAAUUCGACCAAGAGACCUGGAAGAAUUUUUCUCUACAGUAGGGAAGGUUCGUGAUGUGCGAAUGAUUUCAGAUAGAAAUUCCAGACGUUCAAAGGGGAUUGCUUAUGUUGAAUUUGUUGAUGUUAGUUCAGUGCCCCUGGCAAUAGGACUGACUGGACAGAGAGUCCUGGGUGUCCCUAUCAUAGUACAGGCAUCUCAGGCAGAGAAAAACAGAGCAGCAGCAAUGGCAAAUAAUCUGCAGAAGGGCAGUGCUGGUCCUAUGAGGCUCUAUGUGGGAUCAUUACACUUCAAUAUAACCGAAGAUAUGCUUCGAGGAAUCUUCGAGCCAUUUGGCAGGAUUGAAAGUAUUCAGCUCAUGAUGGACAGUGAAACUGGACGCUCAAAAGGAUAUGGAUUCAUUACGUUCUCAGACUCUGAGUGUGCCAAAAAGGCCCUGGAACAACUCAAUGGAUUUGAGCUGGCUGGGAGGCCAAUGAAAGUUGGACAUGUAACUGAGCGUACUGAUGCUUCCAGUGCUAGCUCAUUUUUGGACAGUGAUGAGUUGGAACGGACUGGAAUUGAUUUGGGAACAACUGGUCGCCUUCAGUUGAUGGCACGACUUGCAGAAGGUACUGGUUUGCAGAUUCCUCCAGCUGCACAGCAGGCUCUGCAGAUGAGUGGAUCUUUGGCCUUUGGAGCUGUGACAGAUUUACAAACAAGACUGUCCCAGCAGAAUGAAGUUCUGGCUGCAGCUGCUUCUGUACAACCACUUGCAACACAGUGCUUCCAGCUUUCCAACAUGUUUAAUCCUCAAACUGAAGAAGAAGCUGGCUGGGACACAGAAAUUAAAGAUGAUGUGAUUGAGGAAUGUAACAAACAUGGAGGAGUUAUCCACAUCUACGUUGACAAAAACUCAGCUCAGGGCAAUGUGUAUGUGAAAUGUCCCUCCAUCGCUGCUGCCAUCGCGGCUGUCAAUGCUUUGCAUGGGAGGUGGUUUGCAGGUAAAAUGAUUACAGCAGCGUAUGUACCUCUUCCAACAUACCACAGCCUUUUCCCAGACUCUAUGACUGCAACCCAACUACUGGUUCCUGUUCGACGAUGAAGAUUAAUUUAGUCAGUUUUGUACAUAGGUAUUUUUUGGAGGAAGAUUGAGUUAUCUUUUAUUUAGAUAAAACUAAAGGAAAGGAUUUAAUGUCAUUUUGUGUACACUUCCUGCUAUCUUUAAAAAUAAAAUGAAGUAAGCAGAAAUGCAGUGUGUUCAUUCUCCCUUACUAGCAUUUCCACUGUAUACAAAGCUGUUGACUUCUUGUUCUGCCUUGUAAUUCUUGUACAUUGACAAAGGUGAUCCGUAGGAACUGAGAAGUAGCUCAUAGAUAACAAGUACUCCGUAAAAGGCAGAUGGGACAUAAUGACAUUUUUAAUGUUUCAUGAGCCUUUCUUUUAAUGCAGCAAAGACAUUUUACAUUUCACUAAAUGUGGGUGAUCUGCUCAAGGGUAGUAUCAGAGAGAGACUGAAUGAAGGGACAUAUUUAGUGUUUUUGUAUAAAUGGAAAAUUCAAAAAGCUACUGAAUGCUGACUGCAGACAGCUACUCAGCUUGCUUUGUGCUGAAUAAUUGGUAAGAAUAGGAGGAUUGAAGGGUUUUAUUUCUUGAUGGUAACUUUUGAUUAUUGUAUCUGUAAAAGUUUCUUUGUAAAUACUGUGAGGUGUGUCUAAGUUUCCAAACAAAACAUCUCUGCAUUUCCAAAUGAGUUUCCACAGGCACAGUGGGGCAGAGCUGGAGGAUUUCAGCCAAGUCUGAAAAUGGGUAGGAAAUACAGAAAAGUGUUUUGUUCUGGUUGCAUAUAAUCUUUGCUCUUUUUAAGCUCUGUGAGCUCUGAAAUAUAUUUUUGGGUUACUUCAGUGUGUUUGACAAGACAGCUUGAUAUUUCUAUCAAAGACUUUCAUAUUGCAACAAUCUUUGUAAGAACCACUCAAAUAAAAUUCUCUUAAAAAGGC